AUGUCAUCCCUACAAGUGGAUUGGAAGAGCCCAAUCACUCGACGCAUCAUUCGAUCCUAUAUACCUGACUGGGUAUUGGUGGUUGUCAUGGCAGCCGUAUUCCUUGGAGUCGACAACAUCACUCCUUUCCGCCGAGAAUUUUCACUCGAGGAUAAGACAAUUAUGUUUACUCAUUCGGCAAGAGAUUCUGUACCCAUGUGGCUGGUAGCAAUUAUAUGCUGCAUCAUACCUAUCAUCAUCAUUGCCAUCAUAUCCCUUGGUCUCAGACGAAGCUUGGUCGAUUGUCACAGUGGCAUUCUCGGUCUUUGUGUAAGCCUGAGUUUGUGUGCCAUGUUGACUACGGUUAUCAAGGUAUCAGUUGGAAGACCAAGACCUGAUUUUAUCGACCGAUGUCAACCACCAGCUGGCUCGUCCGAUCCAGAAUUUGGAUUAUCCAAUUACACCAUUUGCACAACGCCUGCUGAUACCCAUGACAUGAUAGAUGGAUUCAAGAGCUUUCCUAGUGGACAUUCAUCAUUUUCAUUUGCAGGUUUGAGCUACCUUGCUUUCUACCUUGCCGGAAAGAUGCAGAUGUUUGCGGAUGAGCUUGGGCGUACCUACAAAGGAUUUCUUUUUUCAUUUCCUAUCAUUGGUAGCUUGCUUGUAGCCAUUUCCAGAACGGAGGAUUACCGUCAUCAUUGGCAAGACGUGUUUAUUGGAUCGUUGCUUGGCCUUGGUUGCGCGUAUUUUGCUUAUCGGCAAUACUACCCGGCUCUUGGCAGAGUAACAUGCGCUACACCAUUCAAGGCCCGUUUGGAUGGAUUCAAAGGUCGUGCGACCAACUUGCAAGUUCCCGAUGGACCAUUGCAGCAGCCCAACUAUGGUGCCAACAAUGAGCUUCCUAUGGUUGACCAACCAUUGCAGACCGUCAAUGUGGAUGGCGGGGAUUAUAUUACACAGCACAAUGUACGCUGA